CGCUAUUGAUAUUUUUUUUUUUUGUUCCUUGAUAAAUAAAGAAGAAUUUGGGUGUUCUUAUGUUUACAAUUUCAUUGUUCUUAUCGCAGUUUCAAUUAGCCUUGGUCAAAAGUUGUUUCUGCUCAUGCCUAAAUUAAGCAAUGUUUUUUAUUUAUGAUUAUUAUUAUAAGAAGAUUGUUAUAUCUUUAUUUUCUCCUCAUCCAUCAUGGUUGUGUUCGAACGUACGCCACGCAUUGAAACAAAAUAUGAAGAUGACAAUCGAUUUCACAGAAAGUUUUGUGGGUUUAUGUCACUUCGAGGAGGUUGUGGAAUAGCAUGCGCCAUAUGGAUUGGAUUAAACACAUAUAUUGCAACAACCGCAUUCUUGGGAUUUACACCUAUAUUUUCUUAUUUGGAUAAAACAGCAUUAAUCAUUAUGGCAUCUAUUUCGAUAUUUUUUGGCCUGGUCGCCUUGUUUAUACUUUAUGGAUUAUUUGUGGAUCGACCAGGCCACCUUCAACUUGGCUUUCUUCUUCUCGUUCUAACAGUACCUGUCUUUCUAGUAGACGUCUUUGCCAAUAUCAUCCUAUUCGGUGUUCAGAAAUCUUCAUAUAUGAAUUGGUGCGUAGGAAAAUCGAGAGGGCAUGUAGAUGAAACGAUCACGGUUGUCUUUGUCAAUGGAUCACAGAUACAGCUUGAUUAUCAACCAACAAGCAAUAAUGAUGAUUUAUUUAACUGUCAUAAACUCUGGGAAGAUGAAAUCAAAUUUGCUCUUGCUAUACUGAUCAUCAUCUCUAUAUGUUAUGUCUAUUGGUCAGCGUGUAUAUUCUACUAUUUCGACAAACUCCGUGGUAUCAUGGCAUUUAAUGGUAUCAUGCCUACUGCUUUCAUGAAUUAUUAUCCUCGAUUCAUUCCAAACCCAUUUUUCAGAACGAUGCCACCUCCUCCUUCGGGUAAUGUUUAAAAUAAAGCAUGUUUUUAAUGAUAAAAAAAUAAUCUAUAUGGUACUAUUGAAAGCUGUCAUUUUGAGGAUCACUUCCAGGUGCUAAAUGUCUUAAUUUUUCACCAAGUAAUGUUUGUAUUGACAUGUAUUUUCCAACACAGCGAUCUAUGCAUUUCUGUUCACCUUUAUUCAAAUCGGGUUCAUGGUACUUUGUGGGAAUACAUUUAUCAUGACAUGCCUGUGUGAUUCUUUGAAACAUUCCCAUGAAUACUUCAAUUUGUUGUUCAGCCUCAAUCAAGUGUUGAGGAUCUACAUAAUUCUGAGAGAAGCUACCACUCCAACUCAUAAUGUAUAAAUAAAAGAAAUAAUAAUAAUAAUAAAAA